UUCCUGGAACGGCAAAGAAGUCAAUGCGAGGAACAUCUGUGUUUUACGCAAACAACUCGAGCUCCGUCACGACGGAGUUACCUUUGGUGGCGACUGGUCUGCUGGAUAUGAUCACGGUGGUGCUAGCGGGGAAAAAGAACCCGAAAACUUCGGAUCUUGGUCGUCUAUUGGGCGCUCGUAAAUCAAUGAUCAGGGACAUAAUCGACUACAUGCUCGACAAAGAAGAGAAACUUGUCGUCGGGUUUCCUCUGGCGAAAUCUCUUCCUAUCAGUGAAGAGAAUCUCGAUUCGUAUAGCGAGAAUGGCGCUAUCCCAAAGGUGCUGUUGGAUUCAAUUCUGACAUCGAACGAUCCAUUGAAUGUGCACGCAAGGGUGUCUUCUACCUACACUCGAAGUAGCGACGAAAUCGGGACUGAAAAAGUCACGAUUAGCGAUGACAGCUCUUCAACAAGUUCCAGCAGCGAUGAAGGUGACGAUGAGGAGGCUGGAGAUGACCUGGAAGACGGCAAGGCGUGCGUUCUGCAAAACUACGCGGUGGUGGAUCCUGGUGAAGACACCGCGACCUCGGCUGAACGACUUCCGGAUGCGAUGAGAACGUUAGGCAGCGAGCUAGACGCGGAGGCGGCGUUGCGUAGAGGGCAACCUCCGCCCGGAGGUACCAGCAACGCCCUCGUUGUGCCACACGGUGAAAUCCUAGACGAUUGCAACAAUAACUCUGCCUGGGUAGAAGGAGUCAUGCACGCGUUUCCGGAAGGCUGUGGAAGUCCUUUGUGUCCUACGCGUAAAAGGUUGGUAUCAUUCAACAGGUGGAUCCAGAUUCUGCUCAAUCGGCGAGACAGUUCAUGGAGGAUUGAUCGUUGCUUUUUGUUUUGCGUAGCUGCAAUUCGUUUCAGACACGAAGCACUUGCAAAUGUGCGAUUCAAGCUGUCGGUUCAACCUAAUUCUGCAAAUGCAGACGCAAUCGCUUCUAUCACCAAAGAGCAUUUACAUGCCAUGGCAGAAGAACUCAAGUCAGGGAAAAAAACCAGCGCGGUUUUAAACAACAGACCCGAGAUAAGAUCUCUUCUUCGGACGAUGCAGGCAGUAUCGGGAGACGCGACGUGGACAGACCACGGAAAGCACAGGGCGCGUACUACAGCACACUCCAUGUUUAUACUGUUCGGACAGCCUUUCUUCUGGAUGACGGUGAAUCCUUCAGACCUGAACAGUCCCUUCGUCAUGCAUUACGGAGGUCACGACAUCAACCUAUCGUCGACAUGCCAUGAACAGAUGCCAGAUUUCAGAAAACGGCUUGAUAUAAUCGUGAACGAUCCCGUGGCUUCAGCCAUUUUUUUUCACGAAACUAUCGAGGCGGUGCUGAAAUAUAUUCUGAGGUUUCAGGCUAACGAUGGCGAUGGUGGGCCGCUAGGCAACAUCAAAGCUUAUAUCGGCAUGACCGAAGAGCAGCAUCGUCUAAUGCUUCACGGUCAUCUCAUGGUAUGGGUGCAUGGGUUCACGAGCCGGGAACAGUUGCGACAAGACGUUGGGUACAGCCUGAAGAAGCACGCCGAACUAGCCAAGUGA